CAUCAACUAGGGGAAGGGUGUGCCUGUCCAACAAGAAAAUGGCCAAGCAUUUCAGCCAGAAAGACAUUGAUGAGUUCAAGGAGUGUUUUCAUUUUAACGUGAAGUCUGGGAAGAUAAAAUCGGAGGAUGAGCUGUCACAGAUUAUGUUGUCUCUUGGUUAUAGUCCCACUGGCGAGGAGGUACAUAAAUACUUCACCAAAAGUGUGUCAGGAGAGGGUGUCAUAGAGUUUGCGACUUUUCUUGAUAUCAUGUAUGAACACUCGCAGACGGAAAAUUGUAGCGAUGAAAUUCUGAAGGCGUUCCUGGCUCAUGACGUAAAGCGGAAAGGCACCGUGUCCACAAAGGAACUGAGAAACAUCCUGACCGGGUUCGGGGAUAAACUAACGACGAAGGAAGUGGACACUAUGUUAAGAGAGGCGAAUGUACCCCAGUCCGGGGAGCUGAACUACACUGAAUUCCUGAGGAUGAUGUUCACUCCCGUCCCAGACUACUGAGUCCCCUGGGUGGGGAGUAGUGUUCACCAUUUUAUCAUAAAGCAUUUUUUGAUGCCUGAAGGACAGUCAAGCAGGCAUAGCUCUCUAGAGAAGAAGGUAGAAACGAUAGUGUUACCUCGGAUUACUUCUGGAUUUUGCCAAAUAACAGAUCGUGGAAGUUCUGAAAAAGAUGCUUUUGUUUCAGUAUACCAGUAAAGUCAAUUUUGCUUGUCUCAUUUGCAUUACAUUUUAAAAAGGAUGUUAGCUUUUGAGAACAAUUUUAAACUUUUACAGGUGGAACAAUUUCUCAUUGAGUUCAGGUCUUCUCAGCUAUGGUUAACUUCAGGGCAUUGCAGCAAACUUGUUGAUUAUGACAUCAGUUAUUUUGUUUACCCUUGUAUGGGAACUGUGAUAGGAUAAUUAGGAGUGUUUGCAGACGCUUCAUUUAUACAAGGAACAUUUAACAUCGGCUUUUUGAAUCACCAUAUUAACCAUGUGUGUUUUAUAAGUGUCCUGUAAUUUUAGAAAAUGAAAUACUAGAUUCCCUCGGAAUUGCAGUACCUAUGUAACGGUUUAAUAUGGCUGAAAUGUUAUCGCGAUACCUUGGGUACAGAAGGCUUAACAGUUACUGAAAUGUUCCAGAAAAGUGAUACAUUUAAAAAAUCCCUUUUUUACCUUCAUUUUUAGAGAGCUAUAUUUGUUUAACCUCGCAUACAUUCCAUGGUUCUCAAAUACCAGGUCAUUCAGAGAACAUGACAUGAAUUCCUGUGUACAUGGAAUUCCUAUGUAAGUCAUCAUGCUUUGAAUGAUAACUGCUAAACAACUGUCCACGUUUUUUUUAUUGUCAUGUGCAUUAAAAAUUCCCUUAACCUCUCUGUAAACCUUUCUAACAAUAUACAGCUGUAUGCUAACAAUUUGCAACAUGUAAGGGACAAAUUAUUCGGCUAAGCAUAUGUGCUUCUGCAGAGUGUCCAGUUCUCAAGGCCAACCGUUUGCAUAAAACUUUGUACCUGUAACAAAAUGCAUUUUUGUAGCUUUUUUUUUUUUGUAAGUCACAUGAUCUUUAAUAUAGUGUUUUGAUCAAUGUAUUGUGAUCUCAGAAGAUAGAUUUGUAAAGGGGCCUUGGCAUCACAUUUGGUUCUAAAGGAACUUGGCAGUUUUUCAUGUUUUUAGGUAAAACUUUGUAAUUAGGUGGCUUAUACAGAGGAAGACACAUUAACUAAGGCUAGCUUAAGUUGUGGCUAGUGUCAGAAAUUUCGGUAAAUGAUCUAAAAUUUCGCACAGAAAUUGCAUUUUUAGCUGCAAAUAAAUGUUAUAAAAAAUUACUUGUGGUGCUGAAACUUGCUUUUUUAAAAUAGGAUAUUAUUCUACCAUCCAAACUAACCUGAUAGCACCUUUCUAUGAUCAUUGGAACUCCGACAAUGAGGCAAAAUGUGCAACGUAGUUAUGGGCGAAAUUUGAGGGCCUUUGUUGAAUAUAAAAUCUUAAAUCAAGUACCCGUUAUAAGUUCAUACUGAUUUCGUGGUUAAUCAGUUUGUUUUCUCAUUUUACAUAAGACUUUCAGGCUGGGAAACUGGUGGCUGAAAACAUCAUGAAGGUGUUAGAUAUGUAGAUAGAUAUAUGUGUGUAUAUUUGUUCAUUUGAACUCACUUUGUCAGUUUACACACUUUGUCCACAGGUUUGAUCAAUAUUUACAUAAAUUAAGGUAUUAAUAUUUAGGGAAUGGGUACAUUUAUUUUAAAUUUUAUAAAUUGUAUGCGAAUUGUAUUUAUUGUAGCUAUAAUCCCUGUAUCAAAGUAAUCUUGUGAAACAAUUCAUAUUUGUCUUACCAAUUUAUGGUGACCAAAAUGUUACCACUAACAUUUAACUUGCUUUAAAAUUUAUCUUUGUGCAACUACUUGAACAGCCACAUUUAUGGUUGAUACAUUUAGGAUGAUUUUAUAAAUUAAACCACAUAAAAUAUUUGCCAAAGUGACCUUAAAAAAAUUGAAAUUGUCUCAGUUUGUUGACCCUAAACUAUUUUGGUCAUCAAAUUCUGGUCUCACCAAGAAGUUGAUCUCCCUCUUUAAUUAAGGUGUGUGUGUGUUUUUUUUAGGAUUCAUGUAUGACAAGUUCAAAUCCAGGCUCAGGGAUAAUUUUUUAUAUUAUCCCAGUUCAUUGGUUAUAAAAGAUUAAAAUGAGUAGGGAGAACAAAAAUGUCAUAGUGUACUUUUUGGGAUAAUAAAUAUGCGAGAGGCAUUCAUAUUUUUGUAUCCAGAAAAAGACGGAAAAAAUUCUUUUUA